AUGUCCCUUCAAACGGUUAUGCACCAGAACCAGCAAACUAUUGCUUUCCUCAAUGCGAGAAACUACUAUUGUGCGGUUGCGUCCUCUUCGUCUGCAUUGCAGUGCCUUGGUAGCGUCCCAUCGAUGCCACAACAAGUCGACCUUCACUCGAGCUCUUCCUGCUCCUUCUUAUGUGAAAGCUCAUUCGACCAGUGCAUGCUUCUUACUAGCAUUCCUGAAGGUGAUGAUCAAUGUGCAGCUCAUGCAUUUAUUUACAGCCGUGCCAUUCCGCUGCCUUAUAAUGUGACCGAUCGAGCUAUCGUUGCUCCCGUUCUCAUUUUCAACGCAGCGCUUGCUCAUCAUUUGGCGGCAAUAAGAACAUCAAGCGACAGCACGGAACGAUCAUUCGAAUGCCUUCUCAGAGCAAAACAGUUGUACUCCUUGGCGUGCCGUUCACAAGAUAUCGAGCUGAAUCCCUUGUUUCACUUUGCUGUCUACAACAAUUCUGGAUUGAUCGAUCUGGAGCUUGGGAAGAACAAGAACUUGUGGAAGGAGAGCGUUGGGAACCUGGUACAAAUCUACAUGAUCCUGGUGAAGGGAGGAUGCAUUUCGCGGCUACGCCACAUACAAGGUUUUCUCGAGAGCCUCUUUGCUGCUAUGCCUGCAGCAGCGGCGGCGUGA